GACAGGCGCACGGCAGCAGCCAGCUCCCGCAAGCCGAUUGUUACCGCACAAGAGCUAGCCCCGGGCGUCGGUCGCCCCUGUGCCCGUGCCCUAGCAGCCUCUAGCUCCGGCCCGCGCUCGCGGAGGCCACUGCUUCCACGAAGCCCCCGGGACUGCGCCGGCCCGCGCGCGCUGCGGGUCUCAGGCCGCGACUGGCUGGUGACGAGCUCACCUCGGAGAUGACAGUCUGUCUGCAGUUACCUUUGAUUCCGACUUUGAGACGAAAACAAAAAGAAAAGGUUGCCAGAAACCACCUUCCACAUCACCAAAAUCACCUUACUACUCCAAGCCCAGAAAAGUGACAUCCUGGCGGUCUCUGAAGACAGGAGGGAGCAUGCCUCUGAGCAGCAGAAUGUCCUUGACCCCACAAAAGCUGUGGCUGGGAACCUCGAAACAUGGAAGUGUGACCCAACCCCUGAGCUCCACGCUUACCUCGGAGCACGCAUGGACCCACCCCCCCAGCUGCAUGCCUGACCACCUGACAGAAGCCGUGAGAGCGAAGAGGGCAGACCUCCGGCGUUCUGGCAGCCAUGGUCAUGUCUCUGGGACUUCUGUCUACAGAGAGAAAGAGGACAUGUAUGAUGAGAUCAUCGAGUUGAAGAAGUCCUUACAUAUGCAGAAAAGCGAUGUGGAUCUGAUGAGAACAAAGCUUCGGCGCUUGGAAGAGGAGAACAACAGAAAGGAUCGGCAGAUAGAACAGCUCUUGGAUCCAGGUCGAGGCCCAGACUUCGUGCGAACCCUGGCCGAGAAAAGACCCGACACUGGUUGGGUCAUCACCGGGCUCAAGCAAAGGAUCUUCAGGCUGGAGCAACAGUGCAAGGAAAAGGACAACACCAUCAACAAACUUCAGACAGACAUGAAGACCACCAACCUGGAGGAGAUGCGCAUCGCCAUGGAGACAUACUAUGAGGAGAUCCAUCGUCUGCAGACCCUCCUAGCAAGUACUGACGCCACAGGAAAGAGGCCCAUAGUGGAGAAGAAGCUGGGUAUGAAGAGGCAGAAGAAGAUGAGCAGUGCCCUGCUGAACUUGACCCGCAGCGUGCAGGAGCUGACAGAGGAGAACCAGAGCCUGAAGGAGGACCUGGACCGCAUGCUCAGCAAUUCCCCCACUGUCUCCAAAAUAAAGGGUUACGUAGACUGGAGCAAGCCCCGGCUGCUGAGACGCAUCGCAGAGUUGGAAAAGAAGGUGGGCUCCUCAGAAAGCCCAAAGCUGUCUACUUCAGAGCUGGUCAAGCCGAAUCCCCUGGUCCACUCCUCAUCCAACAUCUCAGUGCAAAAGCAGCCCAAAGGGGACCAGUCCAAAGAGGACCAGCCCAAAGGGGAUCCGUCCGAGGACCAGGAGCAUCUCCAAGGAACCGUGAAGAUCCUGAAGGGGGAGCGGAGCGCACUGCAGGCACAGCUGGCGGAGAAAGACGUGGAGAUGAAUAAGCUGCUGCAGGCCAAGAUCAACUUGGAGAAGGAGCUGGAGAUAGCCAGGGAAGGCGAGAAGGAGAGGCGUGAGCAGGAGCAGGCUUUGAGAGAGGAAAUUGAAGCUCUCACCAACAAGUGUCAAGAACUGGAAGAAGCUAAGAGACGAGAGAGAGAGACUACUCUGGCAGUCACUCAUGAGGCCCUCCCAGAGCUCCGUUCUCCAUCACCCUGCAGCAGGCACUCCAAGCCAGACUCUGACAAUGAGCCCGACUCCCCCACCAGUGCUGACAAGGGGGCUGGCUGCCAGUCCCCCGCCCCAUGCUCUGAAGAGAGGAGAGAGGCCGCUGUCAGAACCCUGCAGGCCCAGUGGAAGGCCCACAGACACAAGAAAAGAAAAGCAGCUUUGGAUGAGGCAGCAACUGUGCUCCAAGCGGCCUUCAGGGGACACCUAGCUCGUUCUAAGCUGUUACGCAACAAAGCCCCAGACUCCAGGUCUCCGAGCUUGCCGGGCCUUCCCAGCUUUUCCAACCAGCUGCAGAGCUCUCCCACAUCUCGUGUCCCAAGCCCCACCUUCCAGCCUGAAGACAGCCCAGCACAAGAGGAGGCCAUCACUGUCAUCCAGUCCAUCCUCCGGGGAUACCUGGCCCAGGCCAGGUUCAUUGCCAACUGCUGCAGAGGGCUCGCCGUCUCGGCUCAGAGGGAAGCUGUCUCAUCCACACCCUCAGGAUCCACCUCCCCACCUUCCCUAGCAGCUUCUUCUGGGAAGGUCAGCAAGGAGAGCUGUGGGGAGGCUACCGAGGCCGAAGAUGAGGCAGAAGAGCCAGCAGCCCUGCAGUUCUAUUCAGGAGCAGUAAGAGUGGGGCUCUGUCUCAAGGAGGCGCUGAGAGAGACCGCUGCAGCUGGACCUGCCUCCUCACAGUCCUCGGUGCCCAACUCCCCCCAGGGUGGCCAUUGGGACUGUCCAUCCCCAUCCAGUCUGGAGGCUGUGCCUCAGUCCAGUAUGACAGAUGUUAUGUGCUUGGAUGUGUGUGAAGAAAGGAGCAGCAGCACCGGAAGUGCUCAGCCAUCCCUGGUGGCAUACUCUCCCCCAGGACUACAGCUCACGGUGUCACCACCUCCUGAGGAGGAUGUCUGCUCCGACGACUCAGAUGAUAUUAUCUUUUCGCCAUUUCUGCCCAGGAAGAAAAGCCCCUCCCCAUUCUAGGACCCCAGUCAUUGCCUCCAGGUGAGGUGGCUGUGGGAACAGGUUAGAGGACUUGCUAACUGAAUUUGAGAAGAUGACCUAUCUUGCUAGGGAAAGAGUCCUGCCUCGGGAACACCUCAGCCAUCGGUUUUCUUACGUGUUGUGCCUGUGCCUUUGGGGGAUCCUGGUGGCUCUACACUGCUCUCUGGGAAGGGCAGGCAGCCGCCUCCCACUUCCACUCUGGUUUCAGCCCAUGUGUUUCCAGUGCCCACAGAUAUAUCCACCCCAAAUCAGGGCAGCAGGCAGUCUUGCAAAGACUAGAACUCUUGCAGAGUCUGCCACCUGCCCUUGACCUUGGCACUGCCAGCUGCCAUGAGAUGCAGCCUUCCUCCUCUUGUGCUGCCCAGUGCCUUACAGGUCACACAACUAAGUCUCCUGUCCCCUCAGCAGAAUGCAGUCAUAUCAAAGCCAGCAAGAAGCUGUGGACAUCAGGGUCCCCAGAUGAGGCCCCUGUCCCAUGGGCUUCUUGCUCCCCUUUCUCUUACCCCCCACCAACUCCUUCCCUUUGGGAGGAUGAACUCUUUGAAGAGCACCUGGCAGUAUGACAUGGAGUGGCUCGGCAGGUAUUGAGAGACAGCAAGAGGACAGAGCUACAGGUCACCAAGAGAGGAGACGGAGAGCAGGGCCAGGAGUCAGCUCACCAUCCCAGAAGAGAUAAGUCUCAGGGAAGAACAAAUUCCAGUGUCGACCUAGGGACAGCCCUGUCACCUGGGUAUGCAGAGGCAUCUGCAGCCACCAGUGCCACCUGGCCUACUCGGCAGCCAGUAGUUGAGAUGUUGGUCCCAGUUUGUGAAAUUAGCUGUUAGUGGGUGAGAAUGAGGGGUUUGGGGCUUGGGCAGGGUUUUAGGAGUAUUCAGGCUCUGUGUAGCUCAGGUCUGCUGCCCACGCUUCCCUGUCAUGGCUGUGGGACUGACUGCAGGCUGUCUCCAUAGAUCACUGGGGAUGGGACUUUCUGCCCCUAUGGAACUGGCUUUUGUCUUAGGCAAAACCUAGUGCUAGAAAGUUCCUUCUUGGACUAGGCCUGUGGGGACACCAGGUUUGCUGUUAGGGACCAUUUAUUUACUGCUGGCGUCCUCCACAGAACACCUACCUGAUGCUGCACACAGCAGGCUGGGCAUGAGACCCUCAGGAUGGGAGCUGGGCUUGGCGGCCAGAGGCCAGGAAGAUGGAACCCAACUUUGUCGACCUGCCCCAGGGAAGGGAAAGGGCCCCUAAUACUGCGAUGGGACCAAGCGCACCUGCCUAGCCCUUUUCUCCACCAGGGGGCAAAAAACAACUCAGCCAGGACCCUGGCAGGCUCAGUUUUUAUGUACUUGGCCUGUGGGCUGUCCGCCAAAUUAGUUUUCUUCCCCGUGCACUGGUAAUUUUACCAACGUGGCAGCCAAGUGGAGCCCUCUGUAGAUUUGCCUCCCUACCACAACAUGGGUGUGUUCCCUGUGAUUGAUGCUACCUACCACUUGAAGCUUCAGAUUCAUCCACUCAGGCACAAGAAGGUGCCUCUUGUGUCUAUACCUUCCCCAAGGCCAGGGGUCCUUAUGUGGCUGCUCUGUCUCUUAUUUAACAACAGCCAUUUGUGCAUUGAGUGUUCUGAGCAUGAACAGUCAGGAGUUCUAGGUUGGUGGGGGGCGGGGGUACGGGGUGGGUGUCUUUACCUUGGCCUCCCCCACCUCAGGAAAGGGGACAGGGUCUGUAGGUCUGAGGCUUAUCUGUGCAGCCAACCUGGCCAGUGGACAGUGAAGUCGAGAUCAGCCCCUGCACUUGAGUUUUCUGAGAACAUGUCCCUGCAAACAGGAAAGCUAUGACCCUCCUGUCCUUUGGUGCAGCAGCUAAUCUAUUAAAGGUAAACCCUGUCUUGAAGCUA